AUGAAAGACUCCGAGGCCCCUCAUUUGUGUCAGCGUGUGGUUCCGUCCCUCUGCCAGAGCCACUGUAGUCACAGGCCCCGCCCGGCGCGCGGUUAUUUUAGCUGCUCUGACCAACAAAACCCACAAUCCUCCACUGACCAGCCCCCUCCUCACUGCGGCCGCACGCACCACAUGCUCAGCCACAGAGCGACUACAGAGCAGCCACAGAGCGACUACAGAGAAGCCACAGAGCGACUACAGAGCGACUACAGAGCGACUACAGAGCGACUACAGAGCAACUACAGAGCGACUACAGAGCGACUACAGAGCAGCCACAGAGCGACUACAGAGAAGCCACAGAGCGACUACAGAGCGACUACAGAGCGACUACAGAGCGACUACAGAGAAGCCACAGAGCGACUACAGAGCGACUACAGAGCGACUACAGAGCGACUACAGAGCGACUACAGAGCAACUACAGAGCGACUACAGAGCGACUACAGAGCGACUACAGAGCAGCCACAGAGCGACUACAGAGCGACUACAGAGCAGCUACAGAGCGACUACAGAGCGACUACAGAGCGACUACAGAGCAGCCACAGAGCGACUACAGAGCAACUACAGAGCGACUACAGAGCGACUACAGAGCAGCCACAAAGCGACUACAGAGCGACUACAGAGCGACUACAGAGCAGCCACAGAGCGACUACAGAGCGACUACAGAGCGACUACAGAGCAGCCACAGAGCGACUACAGAGCAGCUACAGAGCGACUACAGAGCGACUACAGAGCAGCUACAGAGCGACUACAGAGCGACUACAGAGCGACUACAGAGCGACUACAGAGCGACUACAGAGCAGCCACAGAGCGACUACAGAGCGACUACAGAGCGACUACAGAGCAGCCACAGAGCGACUACAGAGCGACUACAGAGCAGCCACAGAGCGACUACAGAGCGACUACAGAGCAGCCACAGAGCGACUACAGAGCAGCUACAGAGCGACUACAGAGCAGCCACAGAGCGACUACAGAGCGACUACAGAGCAGCCACAGAGCGACUACAGAGCGACUACAGAGCAGCCACAGAGCGACUACAGAGCAACUACAGAGAAACUACAGAACAACUACAGAGCAGCCACAGAGCGGCUAGAGAGCGACUACAGAGAAACUACAGGACAACUACAGAGAAACUACAGAACAACUACAGAGCAGCCACAGAGCGACUACAGAGCGACUACAGAGCGACUACAGAGCGACUACAGAGCGACUACAGAGCAACUACAGAGCGACUACAGAGCAGCCACAGAGCGACUACAGAGCGACUACAGAGCGACUACAGAGCAACUACAGAGCGACUACAGAGCAGCCACAGAGCGACUACAGAGCGACUACAGAGCGACUACAGAGCGACUACAGAGCAGCCACAGAACGACUACAGAGCGACUACAGAACAACUACAGAGCGACUACAGAGCAGCCACAGAGCGACUACAGAGCGACUACAGAGCGACUACAGAGCGACUACAGAGCAGCCACAGAACGACUACAGAGAAACUACAAAACAACUACAGAGCAGCCACAGAGCGGCUACAGAGCGACUACAGAGCGACUACAGAGAAACUACAGAACAACUACAGAGAAACUACAGAGCAGCCACAGAGCAGCCACAGAGCAGCUACAGAGCAACCACAGAGCAGCCACAGAGCAGCUACAGAGCAACCACAGAGCAGCUACAGAGCAGCGUGUUCUUGCACGGCUUUGA